AUGAAUUUCGCCGCCCAGCUGUUCUACUCCACGGGUUUAAAAAAUGGAUUAUCCAGGGAAGAGAGCGAAGAAGAACGAGAAUACGAUCCGUUCUGGCAAAGGAGUGGUGAAAGCAAACCCAAAAAGCUAGCGGCAUCCACCAGCUCUGAAUUUCCUUCGCAUAAGGAUCGGCAAAGAAGAAGCAGCCGCGCUGAGCAAAGGCUAUCGUCCAUCCACCCGGAGAGGCUGAAAGAUUUUGGAGAGGAAGAGGAAUUAAACGGGGGAGUGAAGACAUGGGAAAUGAAGAUUGUUAGCCAGGAGGAGGGAAAGCUGAAUGAUUCUGCCACCUGCCCGGAAGUGGCUGUUAGCAAACCGGUUUAUACCACCUGCAAAAAAAUCCAAGAAAUCAACGCUGCGGCGCUCAAGAUCCAGCAUGGAGUCCUGAAAACCCCGUGCACGUAUUCUAGGCUUUCAAAGCAAUAUGGAAUGGACAUAUAUCUAAAGAAAGAGCUCCUUCAGUACACAGGAACUGCGAAGGAGCGAGGCGUGCUUCACCUCCUGAUGUCCUUAAGAGAGGACCAGCAAAGAAACGGUGUGAUUGUGGCCUCGGACUGCAACUUCUCCAUGGCUGUCGCGUAUCACGCCUCGGAACUCCACAUUCCUGUCUUCGUCAUCAUGUCUGCUUGCAGCCCGCCAACCAGAGUGAAGACGUGUCGUGAGUACGGUGCCAUGGUCAUCUCCUACGGCUCUACUGUCAGAGACUCUCAGUUGCACGCCAGGAGACUUGCCCAAGAAAACAGCUACCUAUACCUCGAAGAAGAUGAUAGUGCUAUCUACCUAUCAGGGCUGGGGACCAUGGGUAUGGAGAUCUACGAACAGGUGCCCAAACUGGAUGCAAUGAUAUUGCCAGCAGGGAUUCCCAGUGGAUUGCUGGCCAGCACCUCUGCGGCCUUGAAGCAUUUGAACCAACAUAUCUUUGUGGUGGGUGUAGAACUGGAGAACAUCCCUGUAGAUCAGCAGUCAUUAAAGACAGGACAACCGAUUCAAGAUCACACCUACAGCCACCCUCAAUUUUACAGAGAAUUGAGUGGUUUUGGCACCAAUUCUUUUCAACUGACAGGGAACUGGGUUGAUAAAGUUGUAACAGUGAGAGAAGAGGAUGUCUUGAUUUCUAUGCUGAGGUUGCUGGAGUACGAACGUGUUGCUGUCGACAUAGAAGGGGCAAUUGCACUGGCUGCUCUGGUGUCUGGGAAACUGCCAGAGUUAAAGGGCAAAAGAGUGGCUGUUGCCGUCAGCAAUGGAAACAUGGAACUCCCUCAGAUGAGGCAGUGCAUGGAUCACGCCCUUACUUUGGACAAAAGAGUGUGUAAAUUCAUGGUCACCAUCACUGAUUGUCAGGAGAGAUUUCAAAGCUGUUGGAGACCUUAG